GCCGCAACAAAGUAAAACGAAUUACAUCUAGAAGUGAAAACUCGGAAGAUUACCGAAUACAGUAUUUACUAAAUAGUGUUAGGAGUAGUCUCAUGUGUUGCUAUCCACUGGUCCACGUUGUAGUCUGUCGAGCAUGCUCCGCGCUCCGUCCCUGCGUCUGCGGCCCACUCUUGCUCCUCUACUAGGCGAACGAUGCAUCUCCUCGGGGGUCGUGCAAGUCCAAACCCCGCUGAACUUCUGGGGUGGAACGAGGAUGACGGUUAAGGAGCGACAUGACUAUGAACCCGUAUACGAACCUGCAACAGGACGUAUCUUGUGUCAUUUGGAGUCAUGUGGUGCUGUGGAGGUCAACCAGGCUGUUAAAAAUGCCCAGUCAGCCUUCAGUAAUUGGAGCAGGAUGUCAGGGAUGGAGAGAGCAAGGGUCAUGAUCGAGGCUGCCCAUAUCAUCGAGACUAGGAGGGAGGAGAUAGCAGAGAUGGAAGUGGUCAACAAUGGGAAAUCCAUUACAGAGGCUCGUUUAGAUGUGGACUCUGCUAGAGUUUGUAUAGAGUACUAUGCUGGACAGGCCAGCAUUCUGGCAGGCCAGCAUGUCCAGUUGCCUGGGGGGUCUUUUGCCUACACACGGAGGGAGCCUCUGGGAGUCUGUGUAGGGAUUGGGGCUUGGAACUACCCCUUCCAGAUAGCUGCCUGGAAAUCAGCUCCUGCCCUAGCCUGUGGUAACUCCAUGGUGUUUAAGCCAUCACCAGUAACACCUGUGACAGCGGUGAUGCUGGCAGAGAUCUAUGCCAAGGCUGGGGCUCCAGAAGGACUGUUCAACAUAGUACAAGGUGGGCAGGAAACUGGCAGCUUACUUUGCCAUCACCCUGAUGUGGCUAAAGUGUCAUUCACUGGGAGUGUGCCCACAGGCAAGAAGAUAAUGGAGAUGGCAGCCAAGGGGGUAAAGCCUGUGACUUUGGAGCUUGGGGGGAAAUCUCCUCUGCUCAUCUUUCAGGAUAGUGACUUGGAGAAUGCUGUGAAAGGAGCUCUCAUGGCCAACUUUCUUUCUCAGGGCCAGGUCUGUAGCAACGGUACAAGAGUGUUUGUCCAGAAUCAGAUCCUGCCUAAUUUCCUGGAGGAAGUGGUGAGGAAGACCCAGGCCAUUGAGAUAGGAGACCCGCUUCUGGAGGGCACUCGCAUGGGAGCACUAGUCAGCCAACCACACCUAGACAGAGUCUUGGGUUUUGUGGAUCAGGCAAAGAAAGAGGGAGCUGUGGUUCUGUGUGGGGGUGAGCGUUUUGUUCCAUCAGAUCCCAAACUGGAGGGUGGAUACUACAUGACUCCCUGUGUGCUUGGAAGCUGCACUGAUGAGAUGACCUGUGUGAAGGAGGAGAUCUUUGGUCCUGUCAUGUCAGUGUUGUCUUUUGAGACAGAGGAGGAGGUGCUACAGAGGGCCAAUAACACCACCAUGGGUCUAGCUGCUGGUGUCUUCACCAGGGAUGUGAGGCGAGCCCAUCACAUGGUCCAACACCUCAAAGCUGGCUCCUGUUUUAUCAACAACUAUAACAUCACCCCAGUAGAGGUACCCUUUGGAGGCUUCAAAAUGUCAGGUAUCGGGAGGGAAAAUGGUCAAGUGACCAUCGAGUACUAUUCCCAGCUCAAGACUGUGUUUGUAGAGAUGGGUGAUGUGGACAGCCUAUUCUAGAACAAGAUUUAGAUGAACAUUCAUUUGAUGCCAGGAACCAAGAAGCUGACGCAAGUGAAAUAUUCCUUGGAAAGACUGUUGUGUCAAGCUUCUCAGUGCUCAGCAAUCAAGACCCUCUUGCUGUCUGCCCCAAUCACAAACUUACAGUAAAGGCAAAUAUCCGCACUCUUAUUCUGAAGUACUCUUUGAAGAUGAGCAUUCUUAUUCUGAAGUAUUCUUUGAAGAUGAAACAAUUGCAUUGGUGACUCUACAAAUAAAUGUAGAAAUGUAAGAAUGGAGGCACAAAUGGAAUCUCUACAUACAUCCAGCUUUUAGAGCCUACCUUGAUGUCUAGCUCUACAUCUCAUGAAAAUGAAGACUGCCAUCUGUGCCAACUGGAUGAAAUCACAGAUUAUGUUUAGUAUAUUGUAUCUUACUAUUACAAGUUAUUGUGGUACAAACAACUUGUGGUGUUACACUUGCACUAUACCCAUUUUGCAUUGCUUAAUAUAUGUGUCUUAUACUCAAAUGAACAUGCACAUACUAAAUGCGUUUACUAUUCAAGUUUAAUUUUUUUAAAUAAUGCAAAUGAAUCAUUUUACAUAUACACACAAAAUAACUCUGAACUUUAACCUUUGAGUAAUACUAUACCCAAUUCAUCUGGAACUUCUUAACAAGAAUUUUCUUAUGUCUUAGAAUUGUGAAAACAGCACUGAAUUUUAAAAUUAUUAAUGUGUACAUAUUUGCAACAGAUUGUAACAUUACUCAACUGUUAUUUGUAAAUUAUCACAACAGAUCUUAAUGUUUAAACUGAUGACGGAACACCACGCAGGCACAUCACUGCAAAGUUCUUCUUUUCUUAGAAUAUUUGGCUCCUAACUUUCUCUGAAGUGAAAAAACAGAUGACUAAUUAAGUUAGCCCCUUCAGUUUAAACAAAUCUUAUGUAUCUACACUACAAAGAUCAGAGAAUUCCUCAAUUAAAAAGCUACCUUUGCCACAGGCCUCCAUGGUUUCUUGA